GGUGCUACCAAGUGAUCCGUGUGGUCCACCCUACACGGCUAGUCGUCCGUCGUCGUGCCGCAAAGCAGAAAGCAGCGUAGAAGCGAAGGGGCAAUGGGCAGGCAGCUCACUCAAGCACAGUCCUCACUCCUCUGUCACUAGAGCUGAGCCGAGAGAGAGAAAGGGGGAGAGAUCGAAGCAGCAGGGCAGGUUGAGAGCUCGCCGAUCUGGUGCGGGGAUGGGGUGCACGGCGUCCAAGGUUGAGCAGGAGGACACGGUGCGGCGCUGCAAGGAGCGCCGCCGCCACAUGAAGGACGCCGUGGCGGCGCGGCAGCUGCUGGCCUCCGCGCACGCCGACUACCUCCGCUCCCUCCGCGUCACCGCCGCCGCGCUCUCCUGCUUCGCGCAGGGCCACCCUUCCCUCGCCGUCUCGCACCACACCGCCCCAGUCCUCCUCUCCGCUGCCGCGCCGCCCCCCGCCCCCGGCGCCGCCCACGCGCUCCCCACGCCGGCGCCAUCCACCGCCGCAUCAUCCUCGCUCCCGCCCCCCACGCCACUCUCCCAGCACCCGCACCCGCACCCGCCGCCGCCGCAGCAGCCGGCGGCGGUGGCGCAGCCUGCGCCACUGAGGGCUCCACGCGUGCGGCGGCUCAGGGUGCCGCACAUCCUGUCGGACUCUAGCGUGGCCAGCCCCGCGCAGUCGUCGUUCCGCAAGCAGCCGGUGGUGGGAACGCCGUCCUCCUCCUCCGCGUGGGACUGGGAAAACUUCUACCCGCCAUCGCCGCCGGACUCCGAGUUCUUUAACCGCUGCAAGGCCGACAUCGAGGAGGCCAACCGCCUCCGUGAGCUCGAGGAGGAGGAGAAGACCCGGGCCUACCUCCACCACCACCAUCCCCACCACCUCAAAGAAGAAGACGAGGUCGACGACGGCGAGGAGGAGGAGGAAAGGGAGGGGAUGCAUUGCGGCGGAUGGGAGGACGACGAGGAGCACUACGCGUCCACGACCACGUCGGAGACUAGAUCGGAGGAGGAGGGGGAGAUGGGGACUAGAUCGGAGUGCGGGUUCGCGGCCAGAUCGGAAUGCGGGUUUGUGGCUAGAUCGGAGUACGGCGGGACGGCGCUGUCAGAGUACGCGGCCAUACCGUUGCCGCUGAGGAGGGAUGAGAGGUCGGAGGCCGGGGACUCAUCCUCUACGGUCACGGCGGCGGGUGAGAUGCGAAUGGUGGUGCGCCACCGAACUCUCGCGGAGAUCGUGGCGGCCAUAGAGGACUACUUCGUCAAGGCUGCCGAAGCCGGCAAUGGCGUUUCGGAGCUCCUAGAGGCCAGCCGUGCUCAGCUCGACCGCAACUUCCGGCAGCUAAAAAAGACGGUGUACCACUCCAACAGCGUUCUAUCAGCAUUGUCAUCAACCUGGACAUCAAAGCCGCCAUUGGCUGUACGCUACAAGUUGGACACCAAUGCUCUGGAGAUGGAGUCAAUUGAAGGGAAGAGCCAUGGAUCGACGUUGGAGCAGCUUUUGGCUUGGGAGAAGAAGCUCUAUGAGGAGGUCAAGGCAAGAGAGAGUGUGAAGAUUGAGCAUGAUAAAAAGCUUUCUACUCUGCAGAGCCUGGAAUAUAGAGGGAAGGAUAGUGCCAAGCUGGACAAGACCAAAGCGUCCAUAAACAAACUGCAAUCACUGAUUAUAGUUACCUCACAGGCUGCCACUACGACAUCCUCAGCCAUUGUCAGAGUCCGUGACAAUGAGCUUGCACCUCAGCUUGUUGAGCUUUGUUUUGCGCUAUUGGGUAUGUGGAGGUCAAUGAACCAUUUCCAUGAGAUCCAGAAUGAGAUUGUUCAGCAAGUACGUGGUCUGGUGGACAAUUCCAUGGCUGAAUCAACAUCUGACCUUCACAGGCUUGCAACCUGUGAUCUUGAGGCUGCUGUUUCAGCAUGGCACUCAAACUUCAACCGCCUUAUCAAGUAUCAACGUGACUACAUCCGCGCUCUAUAUGGCUGGCUGAAGCUUACGCUCUUCCAAGUGGACAGCAGUGCCCCACGAGAGGCCCACGCCUCUCUGAUCUCUCGCGAACUGACCACCUUCUGUGACGAGUGGAAGCAAGCACUGGACCGGCUUCCGGAUGCCGUGGCUUCAGAGGCUAUCAAGAGCUUUGUGAAUGUCGUCCAUGUCAUCUUCACUAAGCAGGCAGAGGAGAUGAAGAUCAAGAAGCGGGCAGAAACAUAUUCGAAGGAGCUAGAAAAGAAAACCAACUCACUCAGGUCCAUUGAGAAAAAAUACUACCAAUCCUACUCAAUGGUUGGCCUUGGCCUUCCUGGCAGUGGGCGUGAUGGCAUUGAAAGCCACGCUUAUGAUGCCCGUGAUCCUCUUGCAGAGAAGAAGUCUGAGAUUGCCCUAUGCCGCCGGAAGGUGGAGGAUGAGAUGACAAGGCAUGCUAAGGCUGUUGAGGUCACAAGAUCAAUGACACUGAACAACAUACAAACAGGCCUGCCAGGAAUGUUCCAAGCCAUAGCUGGUUUCUCAGGAACAGUUGUUGAAGCUCUUGAUGUCGUCUGCAGGCGAGCUGGUUCGGUGCGGUAGAAGCUGGGGCCAUCACAAUUACCAAGAAAUCAUUUGCUACCUCUCUCUUUCGGAUGAUUCAGUAGUUUAUAUAGGGAAAAUGCAAUAUAUAUAGCUAAAAUUAGUGAUGAAAUAUAGGUGAAGGCUCCCUGGAUGUUUUGCCGUGUUGGGAUCAUUUCGAUUGUAGAUAAUGAUUUUGCCUAGAAUUGUUGGUCUUGUUUUGCCCUUUCUGGGGAGUGCGAGGGGAGAUAUAUAAUGUACAGACAUUCUGGUCACCUUGCACUCUAGUGUUGAAUCGAGCUUGUGCUUAUAUCUAACAAGAGCACUGCUACUUUUUUAUGUA